GACGCAGAAGGAGGAAACUGCUCCGGUUGCAAACAGUCUUCCAAGCUUAGUGGCUGCCAAAGGAAUAACAGACGUCUGAGUUGAGCAGGUGGAAUGUCAGAAGACUGAGAACAUUGUUCCUUCCUUACACUGCUGCUCUGUUGCCAGAGAAUCCCAAUUUACACUCAAAGCUUCUUUGAUUAAGUGCAAGGAGGUAAGUUUGCAUUUUCUCAAGGAAAAGGCAAAAGUGGUAGCAGGUGGCAUUUACCGUCAUGGAGACCAGGGAUCAUAACAACCCCCAGGAGGGACCCACGUCCUCCAGCGGUAGAAGGGCUACAGUGGAAGACAAUCACCUGCUGAUUAAAGCUGUUCAGACCGAAGAUGUUGACCUGGUCCAGCAAUUGCUGGAAGGUGGGGCCAAUGUUAAUUUUCAGGAAAAGGAAGGGGGUUGGACACCUCUGCAUAACGCAGUACAAAUGGACAGGGAGGACAUUGUGGAACUUCUGCUUCGUUAUGAUGCCGACCCUGUUCUGAGGAAGAAGAAUGGGGCUACGCCUUUUAUCGUCGCAGCGAUUGUGGGGAACGUGAAGCUGCUGGAACUUUUCCUUUCUAAAGGAGCAGAUGUCAAUGAGUGUGAUUUUUAUGGCUUCACAGCCUUCAUGGAAGCCGCUGUGUAUGGUAAUGUCAAAGCCCUAAAAUUCCUUUAUGAGAGAGGAGCAAAUGUGAAUUUGAGGCGAAAGACAAAGGAGGAUCAAGAGCGGCUGAGGAAAGGAGGAGCCACAGCUCUCAUGGACGCAGCCAAAGAAGGACACGUAGAGGUCUUGAAGAUUCUCCUUGACGAGAUGGGGGCAGAUGUCAACGCCUGUGACAAUAUGGGCAGAAAUGCCUUGAUUCAUGCUCUCCUGAGCUCUCACAAUAGGGAUGUGGAGGCUAUUACGCAUCUGCUGCUGGACCAUGGGGCUGAUGUCAAUGUGAGGGGAGAAAGAGGGAAGACGCCCUUGAUCCUGGCAGUGGAGAACAAGCACUUGGGUUUGGUGAAGAGGCUUCUGAAGCAAGAGCACAUAGAGAUUAAUGACACAGACAGUGACGGCAAAACAGCACUGCUGCUUGCUGUUGAACUCAAACUGAAGGACAUCGCCCAGUUGCUGUGCGACUGUGGAGCCAGUACAGAUUGUGGGGAUCUUGUUAUGAUAGCCAGGCGGAAUUAUGACCAUUCCCUUGUGAAGCUUCUUCUCUCUCAUGGAGCCGAAGAACAUUUUCACCCUCCUGCCGAAGACUGGAAGCCUCAGAGCUCACACUGGGGGGCAGCCCUGAAGGAUCUCCACAGAAUAUACCGCCCUAUGAUUGGCAAACUCAAGUUCUUUAUUGACGAAAAAUACAAAAUUGCUGAUACUUCAGAAGGAGGCAUCUACCUGGGGUUCUAUGAGAAGCAAGAAGUAGCCGUGAAGACGUUCUGCGAGGGCAGCCCACGUGCACGGCAGGAAGUCUCUUGUCUGCAAAGCAGCCGAGAGAACAGUCAUUUGGUGACAUUCUAUGGGAGUGAGAGCCACAGGGGCCAUUUGUUUGUGUGUGUCACUCUCUGUGAGCAGACUCUGGAAGCAUGUUUGGAGGUGCACAGAGGGGAAGAUGUGGAAAAUGAGGAAGAUGAGUUUGCCCGAAAUGUCCUGUCAUCUAUAUUUAAGGCUGUUCAAGAAUUACACUUGUCCUGUGCAUACACCCACCAGGAUCUGCAACCACAAAACAUCUUAAUAGAUUCUAAGAAUGCUGUUCACCUGGCAGAUUUUGAUAAGAGCAUCAAGUGGACUGGAGAUCCACAGGAAGUCAAGAGAGAUCUAGAGGAUCUUGGACGGCUGGUCCUCUAUGUGGUAAAGAAGGGAAGCAUCUCAUUUGAGGAGCUGAAGGCUCAAAGUAAUGAAGAGGUAGUUCAACUUUCUCCAGAUGAGGAAACUAAGGACCUCAUUCAUCAUCUCUUCCACCCUGGGGAACAUGUGAGGGACUGUCUGGGUGACUUGUUAGGUCAUCCCUUCUUUUGGACUUGGGAGAGCCGCUAUAGGACGCUUCGGAAUGUGGGAAAUGAAUCCGACAUCAAAACACGAAAACAUAAAAGUGAGAUCCUCAAACUACUGCAACCUGGGCCUUCUGAACAUUCCGUAAGUUUUGACAAGUGGACGACUAAGAUUAAUGCAGAUGUUAUGAAAAAAAUGAAUGAGUUUUAUAAAAAAAGUGGCAAUUUCUACCAGAACACUGUGGGUGAUCUGCUAAAGUUCAUCCGGAAUUUGGGAGAACACAUUGAUGAAGAAAAGCAUAAAAAGAUGAAAUUAAAAAUUGGAGACCCUUCCCGGUAUUUUCAGAAGACAUUUCCAGAUCUGGUGAUCUAUGUCUAUACAAAACUACAGAACACAGAAUAUAGAAAGCAUUUCCCCCAAACCCACAGUUCAAACAAGCCUCAGUGUGAUGGAGCUGGUGGGACCAGUAGGUUGGCCAGCCCUGGGUGCUGAUGGACUGAUUUGUUGGAGUUCAGGGAACUACUUAUUAGCUGUAGAGUCCUUGGCAAGUCACAACGUUCUGGGCCUUUUAACUCACCAGGUUGCUUAUGAGGGAUGAGUUGUAUAGCUGAUAUGUCAGUCCCUGGCAUUGUGUAUUCCAUAUGUCUAUAACAAAAGCAGUAUAUGCCCAGACUACACUAGUCCAUAAGCCUUACCCACUAACUGGGACGACACUCUGCUAAGAUUCCUUUUGUCAAUUGCACCAAAAAAAUGAGUGCCUUGACCUCUAAUGCUGCAUAUGUUACAAUUCUCUCAUUUAAUUUUCCCAAUGAUCUUGCAACACAGGGAUUAUCAUCCCCAUUUAAGAACUGAGGAACCUGAGACUCAGAGAGUGUGAGCUACUGGCCCAGGCUUAUUCAAUUUAUACCUAGCACUUUAUAAAUGGACAUGGUGUUAUUGGUACCUCUCAUUUGGGCACCUUAAAACUUAACUAUCCUUCCAGGGCUCUUCCAGAAGAGUCCCAAAACAUAUAUAGGGGCUCCAGGAAGCUCAUUCACUCACUCAUUCAUUCAGUAUUUAUUGAGCAUGUAGUAUAAGUCUGGGCACUGGGUGCAUGAAUUCCACUCAUUCCAGAACCAACUGCAUUGGUUUUCCAUGACCUUAGGCAGUAGUUCUCAACUAGGGGGCAAUUUUGCACUGCAGAGAGCAUUUAGCAGUGUCUGAAGAAGUUUUUGGUGUCACAGCUUUGUGGGGCGCAUGCUAUGGCAUUUAGUGAGUCAAGACCAGGGAUGCUGCCAAACCUACCUUGCACAGGACAGCCCCUGCAACAAAGAAUUAUCCAGACCAAAUAUCAAUGGUGCUGAGGUUGAGAAAGCCUGCCUUAAGGGGUUGGGAUGCUUUUGAACUAUCUUAGGGCCCAGGACUGUGGAGUGUGUGGACCACCCCGCAGAGGAGGGACUCAGAUUUGUUUACUCUUGCUGAAUGUGUAGCGAUGGAGUUCCUUCUGGUGUCAACCCCUCAGGAGGCUCCCAGGCCUCCCUCACUUCCCAUACCCAGUCUAGGAGCUCUUUCUGGCUCCCAAGCACCCAGAGCUUUCCUCCACCUUUUAGUUUUGGUUCCUCCACUGGAAUGUAGGCUCCUUACAGGUGAUGGCUAUCUUUUCUUGACUUUGUAUCUUCAUUGCCAAGCAAAAAGUCUGCCAAGUGGGAAUGUUCAAUAAAUAUGCAUUGAAUAAUGAAUGAACCAUCUUCGUACAUGAAUAAUAAUACUGCCUUACAUUUUCUGGUGCUUUAUAAUGUAUACAUUACAUCUGCAUAUUUUAUUUUAUUUAAUUUUCAAAACAAUCCUUUAAGGUCAACAUUGUUAUCCUUAUUUUGCUAAUGAGGAAACUAAGGUUAGAAACAUUUUGAUUUCCUCUAGGACAUAUAGCUAGGAAGUGUUACUGUCUUGAUUUGAACAAAUUUUCUGGUGCUAAGUCUGAUGUUCUUUCCAUGAAUCACUGUGGUGGUUUAGAUGGAGCUUUGUAAUGGGAAUAAAACAGUACCUUAGGUUCUUUCUGAAAAGGAGGUAUCUAGCAAUGGAUAAAUAGAUAUCACCAAAUGAAAUUAAAUGUUGGUUAGGAACAGAUUUAAGGCUUAAAAAAUAUUUUAUGAGCAGCAAGAUUGCUUUAACUUUUAAAAUGAAGCUUUGGUUGUCUGAUUUGUAAUGAGCACCUGGAUAUGUCAAUCAACAUGCCCAUUUGUGAAGCUUACUCAAUAAAACUUUAAAUCAUCUUA